AUGGCCGCUUCCCGGUUACCUCCAGCAACGCUAACGCUAAAGCAGUUCAUGAGAAGGCAACAAGUCCUCAUGCUCUACAGGAGGAUUUUGCAAGCAAUUCGGCAAGUUUCAAAUGAUUCUGAUCGCAAGUACCUGAAGGACUGGGCAAGGGAAGAAUUCAAAAGAAACAAAAGUGCCACAGAAGAGGAGGCAAUCCGGAUGAUGAUUACUCAAGGCACUAUGCAGCUAAAGGAGUUAGAAAAAACACUUGCUUUAGCAAAAUCUUAACUGUAGCAUUAUUCUGAAGAAUCUUCAAAUCUCCAGUGAUUUGUUGAGCUUAGGCUUAACAAUGGACUGCUCAAAGCCAAGUCAACUGUAUGUACAGUACUUGAGCAAAACAUUAGGAUGGAGAUGUUGUGUUAUAGAAAGCAAAGAAAUUCACAUUGAAGUGAUUGCCUCAGGACUGAAAAAAUACCACUUGAGUUUUGAAAAUGUUUUCUGGAUGUGCUGCAGUUUUUAGGAAGCAACCCCUUUCUACAUGGUGGGGUUAGCACAUGAAAUAAGCUCAGCACAACCAUAAGGGAAGUGCAAUCAAAAUCCUAAUGAGAUACUAUUUCAUUCCACACCUGUGGCUAUAACUAAAAAGGGAAAUAAUA